AUGUUAAAUAAAUUUAAGAAUGCCUUUUCUAAAAAACAAAAACCAAAUCAAUAAACUAUUUAAUUUGAAUAAUUUGAUCAAUAACAAUCAGAAGAUCUUCAAAAUCAAAACGAUUUUCCAAAUGAUUUUUAAAUUAUUGAUGAAUAAGCUAUGAGUAUUAUAGAAUAAGAGUAUAACAAUAAAUAGCAAAUUCAACCUGAAAUAGAAGUAGAGCAAUAAUUUUAAGAAGAUUUAAUAGAUUAUGAAGUUAAAGUAGACGAUUCAUUAUAUGGAAUUGCACUUAAAUUUAGUAUUUGCGAAGAUUACUUGAUGAGAAUCAACAAUCUAUCAAGUGAUUUAAUAUUUCAAGGUUAGAUUAUAAAAAUACCAAAGAGAAUUUAGAAGACAUAUUCUGUUAUUCCAGAUCAAGAAUAAAUAUAAAAAAUAGAGUAUUUAUGGGAUCCUGACACUAUUUCUUAGAAAUGUAAUGUGAAUCUUAUUAUUAUUAGUUCUAGUUAUAUAUUGUAACAAUAAAUAAAAUGUAGAAGGAUAAUUAACUCUUACAUCUGAUUUAGUUCUUUUUAAUCCUCUUUAAUUAGAUCAUUUAGAAAAUAAUCAAAAAAAGAUAAGAUUAUAAGCAUGUAUCUCAAUGAGAGAUAUUAAUGAGGCUGUUUAUUAUAUUUUACCCCAUUAAAAUGGACAUAUGGAUUAUGUUGUUUAAAUUUUAUUAUCUGGAAUAGGAAAUCCAAAAUUUGAAAAAAAAUAUAGAAAAUAAUUGGAUAGGUAUAAAAAAUAGAAAAAAAGUAUAGCAACAGUGUUUUUUAGAGUAAAAAAUAAACUAUUCUAUAUUAGCAUUCUGAAAGAGAUCAUACUGGCAAAUUAUAUUCUGAGGAAAUCAAAAAAGAAAAUUGUAUAACAAUGGCCAGAUUUAUCACAGAAGCAUGUUCAAAUUAUACAGAAAUCGUUGAAUUAACUAAAUUACCAUUUAUAGAUUUAAUUUAAGAUACAAAAAAAUAAUAGAAUUUAGAUGUAGAUGUUGAAGAAAUUUAAGAUGUUAUUGGUGAACGUAUGGGAAGUAUAAUUUAUAAAUUAUAUUAGAAUUAUGGGCUAGUUUGGAAUAUGUACCUCUUUUGAAAGGGAAUUCAAAUUGUUUUACUGAUACUACAUAUAAAUAAGUUAUUGAAUCUAUCCCUGCCAUAUAUAGAUUGGCUAAUUGGAAUAAACUUUAUGAUAUUGAUAUUCAAGGAUCUAGUUAUCAUAAUUUGCUUUAAGAAAUUAGAUACAUAUUUCCCAUUCUAUUAAUUAUUAAAGAUUUUGAUCUCAAUGUAUUUGGAGCUUAUAUUUCAAGUGAAAUAAACAAAUAUUCUAAUGGUUUCAAAGGCAAUGGUGAAACUUUUUUAUUUAAUUUAGAUUCUGAAGUAAAAUUUAAUUUUUCAUGAUUUUUAGAAAAGCGAAAUUUUAACUUAUUUUUGGACUGAAAAGAAUGAAGAUUUUGUAUUCUGUGAUGAAUCUGGAAUUGGGAUUGGAUGUGGAGAUAAAUUUGGAAUUUUCAUAGAUUAAAAUCUUAUAUUUGGAUAUUGUAAUCCUUGUUCCACUUUUGAUAAUCCAAGAUUUACUACAUCAGAGAAAUUUAGGAUUAAACAUUUAGAAAUUUGGACUAUUGAGCAAUAAUGA